AUGGCAUGGUUUGUGUCUGAUGUCCCAGUUCCUAAAUGCGUAAUCGGUGUUCCUCCCAAAAUCAACCAUAAGUAUUAUCAGUCAGGGGAUGUUAUCAUAGCUGGCAUUACUUCGCAGAGCUACAUGUUUUCCAACCCUCUCAAUUUUGAAAGCCAUCCUUCUUCUGAACUCCUUGAUGACCUCAUAUACUUCACUGGAAGUUUGACUUACCUGGCUUCGCUGGAGCUUCUGUCUACCUGGGGCAAGUUCAUUCCAAACUAUAAAUGUGAUUCCCAAAGUACUAAUAUGGCCACGAUUGGAGGACCUGACUCCCAGGCAUGCGUGUUCAUGGCCACCAUCCUCAGCAUCUACAAAAUACCACAGCUUGGAUAUGGUUCUUCUCCUGUGAUUAGUGACCCAUCCCAACAAGCCUUCUUCCAAUGGAUGUUCCCUAAUAUUAACCAACAGUACGCAGGGAUGAUCCAGCUGCUUUUGCUUUUCACGUGGACCUGGAUUGGUGUCAUUUUCAUACAGGAUCACAAUGGCCUCCGGUUUGUACAGAAGGAACUUCCCAAGUUUUCCCAAAGCGGCAUCUGCUUCGAAUUUAUAGAACCAUUGCCAACCCUAUAUUUUAAAACGGGCAUUGAUGAAAUGGUGGAAUCAUGGGUCAAAAUGUACCAAAAGAUCAUUGGCAGCAGAGCCAGUGUUGUGCUUUUACAUGGUGAAAUUCACACUACGGUCUUUCUGAGGGCAUUUCCCAGAAUUGCAGAACUUGAAAACAUACCAAUGAAGACAAGUAAAGUCUGGGUGAUGACAGCAGAGAUGGAGUUCACUUCCGUUCCUUUUCAGCGAUCUUGGGAUCUAGAUAUCCUCCAUGGUGCCCUAGCCUUUGCAACUCACUCCCAGGAGCUGGUGGGUUUCCAAAAUUUUCUUCAGAGAAGAAACCCUAACAUGGAGACCAGAGACGGUUUUAUUAAGGACUUUUGGAAACAGGCAUUUGAUUGCUCCUUCCCAACUUCCUCGGAAGAGGGCAAUGCUUGGAAUCGCUGCACUGGGGAGGAGAAGCCAGAGGAUCUUCCUAGAUCUGUCUUUGACAUGAACAUAACUCCCCACAGCUACGCUGUCUAUAAUGCAGUCUAUUCUGUGGCCCAUGCAUUGCAGCGCAUGACUUCAGUAAAGUUGAAACACAGAAUUAUCUCCAGGAAAGAACAAAAGAAACUCCUGAAUCAACAUCUGUGGCAGUUUCACUACCAUCUACAAAAAGUGGCAUUUAACAAUAGCGUUGGGGAAUUGAUUUCCUUUGAUCAAAAUGGGAGACUGGAAACAGUAUUUGAUAUUAUCAACUGGAUUGCAUCCCCAAAUCUAAGUCUAUAUCGAGUCAAAGUGGGAAAAUUUGAUCACAGAGCCCCCAAAGACCAAAUGUUCAGUCUUUAUGUUGAUGCCAUUAAAUGGCCAGAGAGAUUUAACCAGGGAUCACCUUUUUCUAGGUGCAAUGAUCCUUGUGAGGCAGGAUACAGCAAGGCCAAGAGAGAAGGGGAAUCAUUUUGCUGCUAUAAUUGCCUUCCAUGUCCAGAGGGGGAAAUAUCAAAGGAGAAAGACAUGGAUGACUGCUUUCGGUGUCCAGAAGACCAUUAUCCAAACCUUGACAAAAAUAUCUGUAUUCCAAAGCAGAUCACAUUUUUAUCCUAUGAAGAAGCCUUGGGGACCAGUCUGACUAUUCUUUCUCUUUGCUUUUUUUUAAUUGCAUCUUUGGUAAUCACAAUCUUCAUGACACAUAAUGACACUCCCAUCGUCAAAGCCAACAACCGAAAUCUCACCUAUAUACUCCUGGUUUCCCUCCUCCUCUCUUUCCUUUGUGUCUUUCUAUUUAUUGGAAGACCCAAUAAGGCUAUGUGUCUCCUUCGACAACCGGCUUUUGGCCUCAUCUUUUCUGUGGCAGUUUCUUGCGUAUUGGCCAAAACGUUUGUAGUGGUUCUAGCAUUCAUGGCCACCAAACCUGGUUCCAGAUUGAGGAAAUGGGUGGGUGGUAGAAUGGUUAGUUUCAUUCUUCUAUCUUGUUCGCUUGUUCAAAUAGGUUUUUGUGCUGUGUGGCUGAUAACAUCCCCACCAUACCCAGAUUUUGAUAUGAAGUCAUUGUCUGAAGAAGUGAUCAUAGAAUGCAGUGAAGGAUCGGUCACCAUGUUCUGCUGUGUUUUGGACUUUAUGGGUUUUCUUGCUCUCCUUAGCUUUUCUGCUGCUUUUCUAGCCAGGAAUUUACCUGACAGCUUCAAUGAAGCCAAAUUCAUCACCUUCAGCAUGUUGGUCUUCUGCAGUGUUUGGCUGUGCUUUAUCCCAACCUAUCUAAGCACAAGGGGAAAAUAUACAUUGGCUGUGGAGAUCUUCUCCAUGAUCUCCUCCAGUGCUGGAUUAUUAGUGUGCAUCUUUUUCCCCAAGUGUUUUAUAAUUGUGAUGAGACCUGAACUUAACAAUAAACAUCAGCUCAUGAAAAGAAAAAUAUUUUUUCAGAAUUACCAGCAUAUCCUGGCCUUAGUUUUUACUGUAAAAGAGAUCAAUGAAAACCCCCAGAUUCUACCCAAUGUCACACUGGGCUUCCACAUUUUUAACAGCCAUUUUAGUCCAGGCUGGACUUACUUUGCCUCAAUGUUGUUGCCUUUCACUCAGGGAAAAUUCAUCCCUAACUAUAAGUGUGGGGUCCCAAAAAAUUUGGCUGCAGUCAUUGCAGGACCUGACAUCGCUCUUCACAUGGCAACUGUAUUGUGCAUCUACAAAGUUCCUCAGUUGACCUAUGGCUCUGCUCCAGUCAUGGAUCAAAAGACUCAAUCAAUUUUCUUCCAACAAAUGUUUCCAGCUGAAUCGUACCAAUGUAAGGGCCUUUUGCUACUGCUGUAUUUUAGAUGGAUCUGGAUUGGAAUUAUUGUAGUAAAGGAUGAGAAAGGAGAAAAAUUUCUCUGGGAGAUGCUCCCCACAUUUUCCGAGCAUGGCAUCUGCACUGAAUUCAUAGCAGAGUUAACAAAUGUAGCUUUUUACAGUGAUUUUACUGAUACUAUAGAUGAAGGAUUACAUAUAUACCAUGUUAUCAUGAACAGCACAGCUAAUGUGAUAAUCGUAUAUGGUGAAAUUCAGGCCAUAUCAGUUGUGAGAACUUUCCUCCAGUUUUCAGAAGUGGAGGAUAUACCAAGGAAGAAAAAGAUUUGGCUUAUAACAGCUCAGACAGAUUACACUUCAAUUUCCUUUCAUAAAUCUUGGGAUAUCCAUUUCCUACAUGGUGUUUUAUCCUUUGCAGUUCACACAAAGGAGGUCCAAGAUUUCCAAGAAUUUAUUCAAAAUUUGAAUCCAAACAACAACCAGCAUGAUUAUUUUUGA